CCCUAAAACCCUCCACUGUCUACUGACAUAGCCUCGCAGUGAGAACAAGUUAUCGAAUUACUUAAAAUGGCAAUAGCAGCUGCUGCCAGAGUGGUUUUCCGAUCUCCGGCUGUCCGUAACGCUGCCUCCAGAGGAGCAUCUGAAGCCAAAGCUGCUUGCUCCCCUUUCCGCAUCGCUUCCAGAAGUCCUCUGGCUCCUCGCAUUUUCAGGUGUCCGGUUGAGUUGAUCGCGUGUGUGGAGUCAAUGCAACCGUACCACACUGCCACAGCUUCGGCUUUAAUGACUUCAAUGCUUACGGUCUCUCCCCGCAGCUUCGGUUGGCUUGCCAAAGGUGUCUAGCAAAACAUAUAGGAUCCUCCUUUUCGUCUAAUAAUAUGCAAUCAAUGAUGAUGCGUGAUUGUAUUAUGGAGGUUGUGAAUGAACUGCCGAAGGAUUGUUCUGGGUAUGCUUAGCUUGCAAAAACAUAGGGAAAUUUCAUCAUUUGUAUUAUCAUAUCUUUUCAGAUCAAUUUUGCUACUAAUAUCAAGUAGUUCAGUAUCUUACU